AGGUGUCGUUGUCUUGGGCGGCUCUGCCUCCGCUCUGGAGAAUUUGGCAUGCCCUUCAAGGCUUUCAUGGUUCUGAAGGUGGUGCAUUCUGGCGCCAUCUUGACAUUUGCUCCCUCCCGUCAUGCUCUUGUCGUGCCCUCAUUUCGUACGCUUUUCUGCCCGGGAAGUAAUUACCGUCGGCGUUUUUUUUGUGGGCGAGCGCAGUGUGUGAAUACUCAUCAGCCAUCAUUGGCUGAUGUGCCUACCUUUUCCUUCCUUUGACCGAGUCCAACUUUCCCCAGUGUAUCUGACAUGGCUUCUCUUGUCUUGAAUUUGGUGGUAGCAGUAGUUGCACACAUGUUUUCCAUCUACUCUGCGAGUAACUAUGCAGGCUGCGGCAACUUCAUCUGACCUUGACGCAAGGACUUAGCUUCCGGUACUUCCAACUAGUACGCAGUAGGCCUCCCAGACGGGCAGCCAGCACUUGGUAGUGGUAC